UACAUAGUAAAGUAAACAAAUUCCCAAGGUUUUUCCUUUCCUCUUCUCUACUAUCUAUGCUAGCUCUCUACAGCAGCAAUGGCUAGCUCUAGAGCAGUGUUUCGUUUAGAUAUCAGUCAUAUGAAGCUGGUUUCUAAUUCUUUGAAGGAAAGUCACUUCAUUGAUGUUGACUGGUUUGAUCUUGGAGUGGAAUUAAACCUACCUUAUCCUGAUCUGAAAAAAAUUAGAGCUAGAUUCACUGAUUCUUCUCAGUGUUUACUGGAGUGUUUGAGCUUGUGGUUGACUUCAGCUAAUAAUCGUACUUGGGAAUCAUUAGCUAGUGCACUUGAGAGAAUGAAUCAAAAACAAGCUGCUACACUCAUCCGUAAUACAUAUGAUGAUCCUGCUAGUCAGAUAUUCCAGCAUUACAGUGAUAGAAUAUCACAAGUAUCUCUCACUGAUAGUUGUAUCCAGUUGUUAUAUACAGAAGGAUUAAUCACUGAGGAUACACAAAGGAAGAUUGAGAGAUGUGGUGGCUCAUUAAGUGAUACAUUAAGAGAAUUAAUGAUUGCAGUAUCUGAUGAUCACAGUAAGCUGAGGUCACUAGGAAAUAUAUUAAUGGAAUUAGAAGAAGCUAAACCUUUAGCUCAAGAUAUUAUUAAAGAUUGUGAUGGAAUUAUGACAACGGCUCUAGUUGUGGGACCAGUUUCUAGUAGUAAAGUCAAUCAAUUACCUACUCCAAACACAACAGUAUCAACUUCAGCUGGUGAGUUCUUUUUUAAUGCAGCACAUCAGUCUAUGUUUGAUGAGGUCAGAGGUCACUUUGGUAUUCUUCGUCAUAAAAUAGUUCCAUUAAUUACUAAAUCAAUUUCAUCAGUUGAAGAAUUGAAGUCAUUCCUUCAACUAUCCUUCCCUGAAUUGAGUGCUGAGCUGUCUAAUGCUGAGAGCAUUAACAACAUUAUGAAUGUUGUAGUAAAAAAAUGCCGAGUCAAUAAUAUCUCAAUGAUUAAAAUAAUUGUAAUACGCUUUGAAAUCACUGAAGCAAAACCACUGAUAUCAGAAUAUGAAGAAGAAGUGAAGACACUUUGCGGAUCGUUAAAGGAUUUCAUUAGUCAGAAUAAGCCUGAACAUUUCAAUGAUUUUGAAACAAUUCAGUUUACUUUGGGAUGGGAACCAGAGGAGCACUCACUUGAUGACAUACGUAAUCUCUUAGAGGAAGCAUUUAAAGAAUUAAACAAGAGAAUUAUUGUACGAAGCAUUCAUCAAGGAAACUCCAUCAUUAUCAUCUGUUAUGCUCCACAUCAUUUACUAGCUGCUCUUCUCUUGAAAGCACAAGACAACCUAACUGUCUUGAUGAAGGAAUUCAGUUUAAUUAGACUGACCAUUGGCCACUACACUGUCUAUGAUGAAAGGAUCAAAGUAAUGAAUAAUGAGUGUCUUGCAGAGGAGAUUAAACUAGCUGAUGGAGAGGGACAAGAACUGAGGACUUUACUUGAUUACAAAGAAGGUUUAAAAGAUGGGCACAUGAGUAUGAUCAAAAAAAGAAAAGAGUACAUUAAAAGAACACAAUUGAUGUUGUCAUGGAGUGUACAGAUGCUAAGGGCCAAUUUAGCAGAGAAUAAAAUUUUGAAAGCAAGAGCAACUGAGACUAGUCAGUUACAACAAGAGAAAAUGUUGUUAAAGGAAGAAGUUGAGUCAUUGAAGAAAGCACUGGAUAUAGCAGAACAAGAAAUAAAAGAUGGAAAAAAUUCAGUUGCAGCCAUAAAAGAAUCGACUGAGACAAAUAAAGCAAAGGAAAAACAAAAAAACAAUCAGGCUAUAUUCAUAUGCAUACUGUAUUUUUUAGCACUAUACUUUACUUUAAUUUUACCACGUUAUUUUAAAAGUUAACUUUA